AUGGUUGCACCCACUUCGAUUGAGCCCAUUGCGGUAGUGGGCCUGUCAUUUCGUCUACCUGGCGGGAUUCACGACGUGCAGGACCUCUGGGAGCUUCUCGAAAGUGGAGAACGCGCAUGGAUCGACAUUCCCAAACAGCGAUGUGACGAAGAUAUCUCUGAGCAUCCUGGCAAUCACCGUGGUGGGCACUUCCUCUCUGGCGAUGUUUACAACUUUGACCAUGACUUUUUUGGUCUUUCAAAGUCUGAAGUCGCUGCAGUCGAUCCACAGUUACGCCUUCUGCUACAGUUAGCAUAUGAAGCUCUCGAGAGUGGCGGUGUUUCAGGCGAGAACAUCCUGGGAACCGCGACGUCAGUGUACACAGCAGUCUCCACCACAGAAUAUGAUCGGCACUUGAACAAGGACAUUGUGGAGUUCCCAGUCGCCCAUACAAGUGGUGUCAAACCUUCAAAUUGCAUCUCGCAGUUCUUGCGCCUACAUGGCCCCUCUUUGACAUUAGAUUCGAAAGACUCUGAAGGUCUCGUUGCGCUUCACUUAGCAUGUCAAAGCCUGCGCAAUGGCGAUUCGGAAAUGGCUCUGGUCGCUGCAUCCAACUUGCAUCUUCUUACAAGCACUGGGCAGAGCUAUCCGUUCGACGAGCGUGGUGAUGGGUACGGUCGCGGCGAGGCCGCAGUUGCCCUGGUUCUGAAACGAUUGGAUGCCGCCGUCCGAGAUGGAAACCCAGUGCGCACCAUCAUCCGCAACAGUGGCAUCGGCCAGGAUCAAACCAGGCUGGCUCGGAUGACAUACAACCGUGCUGGGUUGAUGCCAGAGGAAGUUGCCUAUGUCGAGGCACAUGGGUCGGGCACCAAGGCAGGCGACCAUGAGGAGCUAACUGCCAUCGCAGAGGCCUUUGGAGGAUCCCACGAUCGCUCAGUUCCUCUUUACGUUGGCUCCUCCAAGGGAUCCAUAGGUCACGGCGGGAGUGCAGCUGGUUUGUCGAGCUUGAUCAAGGCAGCCGUCAUUCUGGACAGGGAAGUGAUUCCCGCAGUCGCCGGGUUCUCCAAUCCUCAACAAGGUCUCCCGAUGGAUAGGAUUGCUAUUCCAACGAAGGCAGUACCUUGGCCCACCCACCCUGGAAUUACUCCUCGUGUCUCGAUUAAUAGCAUUGGGUCGGAUGGUGCGAACGCUCACGUUAUUCUUGAGCGAGGAUCACUGAACACCCACACAAUAUCCACGUCUAGCGCACCUUGCCCUCGUCUUUUCAAAUUUUCGGCCAACAGCUUGAUUUCAUUGAAGGCCAAAGUUGCCGCAUAUGAGAGCUGGAUCAGCCGUCACACUGAGGAUACCCCGCUGGCGGAUCUCUCCUACAGCCUAUUACACCGGCGCUGUGACAUGUCUUAUCGUUUCAGCGCAGUAGCCGACGAUCAAGAAUCUCUGUUGCAAAUUCUCAACCAAUCACACUCCGUCCCCAUCACAAAAUCACUAGCUUCAGAGCCCGAUAUUGUCGCUGUUUUCAGUGGCCAAGGAUCACAAUGGGCUGGCAUGGGUCGAGAGCUACUGUUGUAUGAGACCACAGCCUCUACCGUCUUUCGGGAUUCCUUGCGCCUCUCCCGAGACAUCCUUUGCAAAUUGGGUGCCAGGUGGGACCUUGAGGAGGAACUUCUUUGCGACAAAGCAGUGUCCAGAAUCAACGAAGCUGAGCUAUCCCAGCCUGUCACUACGGCCAUUCAAAUCGCUCUUGUUGCUCUCCUCCAGGCCUAUGGGUUGAAAUUCCGCGCCGUCGUAGGCCAUUCAAGUGGUGAAAUAGCCGCGGCAUUUUUGGCAGGUCACAUUUCCCAGGAGAGAGCGUUGACAAUCGCCUUCCACUGUGGCUUUUUAGCUGCCGCUGCAAAACUGAAGGGGUUGGAACAAGGUGCGAUGUUGUCCGUUGGUCUCAGUGAGGAUGAAGUUGCACAACAUCUCGACAAUUUGCCAACAGGAGAAGCCGUGGUUGGCUGUGUCAACAGUCCCAACAGCGUGACUAUUUCAGGUGAUAUGAGCGCCAUUGAUGAGAUUGAUAAGCGCAUCGCCCAAGCUGACGAUGGAACCUUCCAUCGCAAAGUGGUAGUUGAGACAGCGUACCAUUCGCACCACAUGAGUGCCGUGGCCGACUACUAUCGGUUCCGCCUUGAUACCAUGAGCACGGAGAGCUUAACUGCUCCCGUUGAAAAGGUGGUAUUUAUGUCAUCUGUCACCGGACAAGUGAAGUCGUCUGGAUUCGACGCAGAGUAUUGGAUCUCGAACAUCGUCUCACCCGUCCGUUUCAGCGCUGCUAUUCAAACACUUGCCAAAGAGACACUUCGCCCAGAAUCACACGUAUUCUUCGUGGAAAUUGGUCCCCACCCGGGCUUGGCUAGUCCAGUUCGACAGAGUCUCAGUCACCCAGAUCUGCCUAAGGUUUCAUUUGACUACCAUCCGGUGUUGCAGCGCAAGCUAGACUCUAUAACCAGCGCGUUGACUCUGACGGGUAAGUUAUUUGAACGCGGCGUCAAUGUCGAAUGGAAUGCCGUGUCCGCAAUGGCUCAUGGCGCAGACCAAGCAGCCGUACUGUAUGAUCUUCCGGCAUACUCGUGGGACCAUUCCACCCAGCACAGCCAGGAAUUUCGCCUGACUCAAGCUUAUCGUUUGCGUGAUGAGCCGUAUCAUGAGCUACUCGGUGUGCCAGUUCUUGAUGCAACUGAUUCUCAACCUCGCUGGAGGCAUUUCAUUAGCCGGACAUCGCUGCCGUGGCUUGCCGACCAUACCAUUGAUGGCGUUACCAUGUUCCCCAGCGCAGGGUACAUCUCUAUGGCUAUCGAGGCCGUGACGCAGGUUUCACGCCGACGCUUCCCAGUUUCCUCGCUUGGAACAUUGGUGCUUCGUGACGUCGAAUUCAAACGAAAAUUGUUUGUGCCAGAUGAUGCACAGCGCGUUGAACUCCAAUUGAGUCUCCAGCAACACCCUGGCGCGGAUGUUGCUUUUGACUUUUCGAUUGCUGCCCUUUCCGACUGUACUGGUCACUGGCAUACUCAUGCCACCGGUAUCAUCGAGGCAGAGUUCGCCGAACAGGAUAAUACCACAGCAGCAUCCACAAAGGGCACAGGAUUCCCCCCAAUGCCAAGCACUAGCCACAUCAUCCCCCACCAAAACCUAUAUAGGGACCUGGACUCUGUAGGCAAUACAUAUGGUCCUGCCUUUGCGGGUAUCAGCUCCAUCAAGGUUGCGCCCGAUGGAUCGCAAUCUUCUUCAUCCUUGAUUGUGCCAGAUGCGGUGGCCAUGGUGUCUGAUGGGCACCGGAAUCCGCUCAUUAUCCACCCAUCGACACUUGAAAGCAUGUUCCAAACAGUCUUUCCGCUACAAUCCCUUCGUAGCGGCCCUGGGCCUAUCAUGCCAAGCCAUAUCAGUGAGCUGCUAGUCGCGACAUCGUCCCUUUUGCAAGCUCCGGGUUCAAGUUUCGAAAUAUCCACGCUUCUGGACCCCAUCGAAUCUGACCCAGCCAGUUGGAGUAUCUCAUCUGCGUGCGGCCACAACCAGGUGAUUUCAAUCUCCGCUCUAAAGCUCCAAAGUCUGACGAAACCCCCAACCAACAUCAAACGGCAUGAAGAUGGCGAUAUUUCUGCAAAUAUCUGUUACGAGUUACGCUUGCAACCCGACCUCGAUCAUUUGCGAACUGAAGACAUGCCCCAAAACCCUUCAUUUGCGGACAUUGUCGGACUGCUUGCCUCAAAACAAGACCAGUUAUCUGUGAUCGGUCUUGGCGCUGGGGUUGAUCUAUCGGAAGACUUCACUGCUGCUUUCGAGUCUCCGAACAACAAAAUCACGUCUUUCGAUUUUAUCGACACCACACCAGGUCUUUUCGACGAAGCCGCUACGCGUCUUGAGAACCCCUUGGUACAAUUCCGGACCAUGUUCCCCACCAGCGACCCCAAGAUGCGUGGACUUCAACUCAGAUAUUAUGAUCUGGUUCUGGCUACUUCGACCAAAUGGUUGGGUCAGGCUGAAAUGCUGGUCAAACCCAACGGCAUUGUACUUCUUCGGCUCAAUCAACGCGAGUCCAAGGAAUACAUAUCACAGAACACCACCUCGACUUCACUGACUGAGCAAGUUGUCUACAAAGAUGACGCCCGCGGUAGACUUGUUGUUCUGGCACUACCUCCCAAAGUUCAGAAUAUGCCGGCCAUGCACAUCCUCACGCAUUGCGUGCCUCAAUAUGCUCCGGUUUGGUCCGUUGCACUGGUUCGAGCAUUGCAGGCCGUCAACGAGAAUGUUACGAUCAAUCAAUUGACUCGAAGUGCCGUGGAGGAUCUUCAACGCACUAGUGCACUAGGAGACACAUGCAACGACGCCGUCCUAAUCAUUGACGACCAGCCAGAGCAACCUAUUCUGGCAGACCCGGUCGCUACGGAUGCAAUUACUACACUCUUGGCAAAUUCUUCGCGUCUCGUUUGGCUCAGCCCUGAUGUACCUCCGUCUUUCCAUCAGAACGAGAGCCUUGCUCGUACUGCGCAUGUGGAAAACGAUGAUCUCCGUCUUACUACCGUCCAUGCAUCCUCACUGUUCCUCGCAAGCGACCUCAACCAAGCACGCCUGGUCGACAUUGUGGCUGGAACAAUUAAUCAGGUGUCAAACCUCGGCAUGCCCCUUACGGAACGUGAAUAUCGAGUUCGCAGCAAUGGUGCCGUCAUGGUUCCACGCCUACACCGCAGCGAAAGGCUCAACUGGGCCAUCUACAAUUCUGGAAAUUCAAGAGCUGAGCCUCAGUUUCAAAAGAUUGCUAGCUGUGAACGACCUCUGGUGCUUUCUCCGGACGGUGCCGACCUGUUUCUGGAGGACCGAGAAACCUUUGCGACGCACAUAGGUCCAGACUCAAUUGAGAUUGAGGCCCAGAAUCUUGCCAUGGGAGAUCCCAGUUCUCGCCCGAAGAUAGGUGCGUACGCAGGUUUCGUCACCAACGUUGGUUCCGAUGUUAUUUCACUGGCUCCAGGUGAUCAUGUAAUUGCCCUGGCCCCAGUCAUAGGUGCGACUCGACUGCGCAUACCAGGAACCCUCGCUGGCCGCCUGCCUAUGAAGUUGCUACCAUCCGACGCUGCUGCAAUGCUUUUGGAAGCCAUGGCAGCUUCAUAUGCUAUCCGCGAGGUAGGUGGUAUGCUUUCGGGCCGGGGCACUGUACUGAUCCACGGAGCCGGCACUGCGGUUGGUCGGGCGGCCAUCGGAAUUGCCAGAUCAAUUGGCAUUCGCCUCGUUGCAACUGCUUCGAACCCCACCGAGGCUCGAUUACUCAAAGAGAACCUGGGCAUUGAUCCCUCGGAUGUAUUGGUGACGCGUGCUUCAUUCCAUCGACGCUUACCCCGAGAUAUCUUCCCCGAGGGACUCGACGCCGUGAUUCAUGCAGCGGGCAAUUCGGCGCCAGCAGAAGAAGCACUUACCCACAUCAAGCCAUUCGGCAGAGUGGUGGUCAUUGGAGAUUCCUCGUCAUCGAUAUCGAGCAAGCUUCCGCCCAACGUGGCUCUUCAUUUUGUCGACAUUGACAGUCUUGUCCAAGCUCGUCCCAAUCUAACUACCACCCUUAUCUCCCAAGCGACAGCUGCAUUCCAGCAUAUACCGAUGGGGGGCUUCAAUCUAGCUGUCCGCGACGUGUCGGAAGUCGCAGAUGCACUGAAGACGCUGAAAAAUGGCACUGCCUCCAAGGUUGUUCUUCAAGCCAGCUCCGAGUCAACUGUCCCAGUCAUUCCCUUCUCAGAAAAUGAUCCCUGGUCCAAUCAGAACGCCACAUAUCUCAUUGCAGGCAAACUAGGAAGCCUGGAGCGGAAUCUCAUGAUGCAGAUGGCGCGUCGCGGCGCGAGGCAUGUUGUUCUGGUGUCAAGGGGACUUGUAGACCCCAAUGACACAAAGACCCUCCAAGCGAAACUGCAGGCCAUUCAACCAGGAGCUUGUCUGUAUAUCGCCCAAGGAGAUAUAUCUUCCGAGUCCGCCAUCCGAGAAAUUUCUUGUACACUCGCCAGUCGUGGUGCGCCCACUGUUCAUGGAAUUAUUCAGACCGCCGCUGCCGAAAUUGAAUAUCACGAAGGUGAAAUGAAUGGAAAGCCUGCCCUUUACCGUGUCUUUGCCUCUCCCAGUUUGACAUUCUUCCUUUCGAUAUUAUCGGCCAAGUAUCUCCUUGGAAACAACAUCGAUGCCAGCAACACUGGUGUCGACGCGUGGCAAGAUUCCCUGGCUCAUCAGGAGCAGUUGAACUCGUCAUCUCAGACCAAAUUCAUGACAGUGAACCUCGAUUGGAGAGAGGACAAUUUGUCAGUGAACGAUGAUGGUGCUCCUGAGAAUGAAAACCGGCGGGUGGGUCUCAAGCCUAUUCAGGUGGAACAUCUUACCCGGUUCCUCGAUUACAUCCUCGGUGCUGCUGUUGAACCCAAUGGGGCCGGAAUUUCCCAGGCUGUUAUUGGUUUUGACGCCGAGUCUUUAGCCGGUGCAACCGCACCCAAUGGACCCAUUCACUCCGCCUUGUUCCGUGAGGCACGGCGCGGCAUCAACGAAGCCCCUAUUGGGGGUGGUGAUGACGAAGAAGAGCAAUCAUUCGAGCAAGUCAUCGCCGCUGGUAGCGAAGAGGCUGUGGCCGACUUUAUCUUGCGGGCGAUAACGAGGAAAAUUUCCCACUUACUUUCGGUCGAUGUGGGCAAGGUCGAUGAAAUCCUUGCUCUGGGCUUGGAUUCCCUGGUUGCUGUUGAGUUGCGGAACUGGAUCUUGAGACGGUUUGAGGCGACGUUGCAGUCGGCUGAUGUGCUGGUAAACCAAACCCCGCGUGCACUUGCGGAGAAAGUUACCGCUCGAUCAAGCCUGGUCAAUGCUCUUGCUUAA